CUUCCCAUACGCUGCAGCUGACCAGAGCUGCUGCCCAAUAUCCCACAUCUGCUCUGGCGCCUGUUGCUCUCCUGUGGGUGGUGAGACCACCUCACUGGGACAGGCUGUGUCCUCAGGUUGUAGAAGCUCCAAAAAUGCAGUUUGUUCCAGAUGCUUUCCAAUGUGGGAGAGGAGCCCAGAGAGCGCCUUGCAGUGCCUGGGCCUGUGACCCAUGCCACCAGCACAGGUGGAGAUUCAUCCCCUUGUGUGAGCUGAGGCCCUUGGUCUGGGCAAAGGGGCCACCACUGAAGCAUUCCUUGGUCUCACUAGUGAAAAAACUUGGGAAAUUUCAGGAUUUCCUUGCUUGAUGCUAUGGCUCCUAAAGAGGCAAGACAUGACCAGCUCACUGAAGCAACACCUAAAUUAAUUGCUCUUUGCUGGGAGGUAUAGCCAGGCUCUGCAAGCCCCAGUGAGGUGUGGCCAAGGCAGCACCACUGGUCUGGGAGACUUGAGGCUCGAUUUGGUUCCUGUUAAUGACAGUACAGCUGUGUUGGUGCUCCUGUAGCCAGAGAAGAAGCUGGUUAUCAGGCUGAGGCAAAGGAGGGCAAGUUACUCUGGCAGCAGAAGAUGGGUGGGUUGGAAGAGGGUGCACUGAGCAAAUGGGCUUCAGGCUGGAAAGCAGCAAAGGUGGAUAAAAGUAAGGGACAAGAGGAGAUAACCAGAGAAAGGCUUUGCUUGGGUAAUUCCCAGAUGUUUCCACUGCAGUAAAAGCUCUUUGCAUGGUCUCAGUAGCUGUGCCUUGUUUCUAAAAGAUUAGGCAGUAUCACAGAAGGAAGGGGUUUAGUUCAUGUUUCCUCUGUUGUCAGCCACAGAAGGUAAUCACAUCUAUUAGGCAUGUAAAGUGAGUAUUUUCUCUUUGGUAGUUCUGUACACUGGAAACACUGAACUCUACAACAGUCUUGAGUGGGAAGAAGAUUUUCUGUUUUGAAAUAUGGCUGUGAUACUGGGAGGAGGGAGAUUUUCCAUGCCGUGGUCCUGAAGUGAUUUUUUUUUAUUACAGGUUUCAAGUAGCUGAGCAGCAGGAGCUGACAUCCUCUGUCCAACACUGCAUGCACCAUAGGACAGAGUUGCCCAAAACACCAGGGAGGGGGUUUGGCUUGGGUCAGUUAAAUGCAGAAGUCCUCUGCUGAGACUGGAGAGCAAUGGGUGUGGGUUUAAUGAACUCAGUACUGCAUGGGUCCUUGUAUACACUAACCAGUCAUCUGAAGAUAACUCUGCAUAGAAAGUGGUCUGGCUUGGAUUCCAACCAGUGACCAUGUGGUGCCUGAUUCCUUAUCUCUUACACCCUUUUGCCACAUUACAUUGGCAGUCUAAUAAUUACUCUGUGUAAUAAUUGUUCUUAUUACAUCCAGUCUUUUCUGAAGGAGACAUUGAAGGCAGACAAAUUCAACCUGAAUUUUCAUUGGUUUAAUAGCGGCUUUGUAAGGGGUAGUGGGAUAAAAAUCUCCCUCCCAGAGCAUUGGAUAGCAUGGUAUCAGAUGCUCCCUUGUUCUUAUAAGAGACAAGCAUUGAGUGUAGUCAUGACUUUUAAGGGACAAAACAUUAGGUUCCCUGAUGUUGGUUUGGUCAUUGGUUAGGAGGAGAAUUGCCAGACAAGAAUUAAACCUUCUGAAUUGAAUCCUGGGGAUAGAGAAGUGAUUUCCUGCUUCCCUAAUUUUCAAUAAGCAUGGCCUGUGGCACGAGAAGAAACUCCAGAAUGCAAUGCACAAUCUUCCCUCUGUCACCGUUUUUGAAUAAAAUCAGUGUGCAGUUAAUCCAGUGUAAUAAAUCUUGGUAGGAAGGCUUCCAGAGCAGGUAGAUUUGUUUAAUCAUUUGGGCUGGAAUCCAAACCACUGGAGGAUAUAAAAUAUAUAUACUAGUGCCAUUCACUUCAUUGAAAACAUCAUUUUCCCAUCCAAGGAAAUAGCUGUGGCUGGCAUGAAUAUAUAUUUGGAAAGCUGUAGAGCUAAACAAAUUUCUCAGAAAAUCAUCUCUGGCCUAGAUACUGACUAUAUUUACGCACUGUAACUCCUGAGGCUCAUCAGCUAAGGCUUUCUGACAGAAAAGUCAUCAGAAAUCAGUGAUUCACACUUUGAAAUGGUGGGAUCCUCACCCCUGCUCAGCAGGCUCCCUGUCUUGAUACCAGUCAACAUAUUACCUUCAAAUUGGAGUAGAUCUUUCAAAAAAUCACUUCCCCUGUGACUUCCAAAAGAAUUGUGCAGUAAUGCAAUGUUAAAGGAUCCUUCUUUGAGUAUAUGUUGUCUUCUUUGUGUAUUGAUCAAUAGAACUGUCUCUCACUAAACAAACUGAUCCUGCCAAAUAAGGGAAUACAUUUUUUAUUUUCCAAUUUUCCAACUAUCAAUACAAUUUCUAUAUGGGAGGAUUUCAGAGUGUCCCAGUUUCAGCAGUUUGUGUGUAACUCACGCUAAGGAAUAAGGUUUAGCAUCACAAAGAGUCACAUUGUGAGGUGUUUCAGUUAGCUUUAGCUGGCUUUGGUACAUUAAUUGCCUCAGUAAUUCAUAAGGUGCUCUGUGAAGAUGAAAUCCCACCUCGCACAGAAAAAGAUGCGGGAGUUCACAGCGGGAGUUUCUGCAGCAAACUUUCAGCAGAACUCUUUCACACCAGUGCCUGCCAGCGUUGUCCCUUUGGUCACAAGCUCUGACUCUGCUGUACGGUCUCUUGCAGGCACUUCUAGGAUUUGGCUGAGUUUGCAGGACACUCAUCAGCGGCGCAGACGCCGGCAGCGAGGAGGUUCGGGAAGUGCCACGCGUUGAUGUGAUUGAAGCAUGACAGAGGUGAUGAACACCCGGGAGCCAGUGAUGGAGGAAUUCGCUCUCAGCCAGACUCCUGAGGAGGAGGGAGGCCCCUCAAGCCAGGCCUUCCCAGACUCACGUGAGAAGUACCCCAAGCUGUCCAAAAGACUGCCUUCGAUUGUGGUGGAGCCCACCGAGUCCGGGGAGGUGGAGAGCGGGGAGCUGCGCUGGCCUCCUGAGGACCUCAAGUCAGCGGAGGACAAAGGUCUUCACGGUGACCAAAGAGUCUGUGUCCAGCAACAGCAGCAGCAGAUGGAUCUGGAAGAUACUUUAGCACACCCAGCUCAAGAAGUGGAAGACAGUACAGAUACUCUGGAAAGCAGAACUGAAGAGAAUGAGUAGGAACUCCAUGGCCUCAGAAGUGAAACUUCAUUGUGAAUGUUGUUGAAAAGCUAACACACUCUGAAGACAUGUCAAAGUAAUCUGUAUUUAAAUCUGCAAGGGUUUUAUUUAGUUAGUACUUGGUAAGAAGCAUCUGGGCUUUAGAACUGGUCUUCUAACAUUUUGAUUUUCAGGCUGGGAUUCAUAAUAUUUGUUUAAUAUCCCCUUGGGAAACAAUGGGAUGUGUUGGGAAAUAUAAGGCUGUCAAGGAAAAGAUGCUCCUAAUUUUAAUUAGUGCAUUUCUUUGGUUUUAUCUUUUUCAAGAAAGGCUGCUUUCAGGCGUCAACAUCAGGACAAAGGGGUUGCGUUUCUACAGGAGGAAUGUCUUAAAUCUAAAAAACUUUCUUAUUUUUAGCCAUUUAAAACUAGCACUGUGAUAUUACGGACAAUAGAUGUAAUAUAAUGUCACCAGUUGAUUUUGUAACUUUUGUAUAGAGACGCAAGGGCAAGGUUUGCCUCCAGGCUGCCGCCCUGGGGCAGCCCAGAGCAGCUCUCUCCCUUUGGCUAACCUGUGCGUAUUCAGAUGAACCAGCCUUUCCUUAGCUGCCUUUUCAGAAAGGCUGAUGCCUUUUGGGAGCGCUUUCUCGCUGUACCUUACCGGGGCGAUGAGCUGGCCGCCGGCAUUUGUGGCGUGGGGUGGCUGGUGGGGUGGAUCCUGCUGUUUGUGCGCUCUUCAGGCCAGGCCCAGCCGUGCCGUGGUGUGCACUUCUCGCCCUUAAAGCUGGUGAGAUGCUUCUGCUUCCCCCAGAGCUGGCUCUGUCCCACCUCGUGAACAGAUCGUUGUGACAUUCCUGCUUUGGUAUGUUGGUGUAUAACGCAGGUGCAGAGCCGCAGCUGCUCCUCCCUUGCCCUGAGCUGGGUGGUGGCAGGAGCUCCAUAGCCCAUCCCAAACCUGUGCUGCGUUUGCCUGGCUCCAGGUUUCCCCUGAGCCACCUCCAGCAGGAAUGGGCACGGUGGAAGGAUAAAUACCUGCCUCUCUCCUGGCCAAGCUGGCACUGCUGGCAGGAACACGUGUGCCAAGGGAUGCCCUCCUCACCUGUGGCACGGCCCCCUCAGCCUUGGUGGCACCAUCACCUCCUGGAGCCCAGAGCUCAUGGUGGGACAAGCUGUCUCUGGACACCUCUGCCCUCCAGUGGAUUUUCCUUGGGAAUUUGGGGGUCAUUUUGACUGGAGUGAGUCCCUUCCUGCACAGGGACCUCCCAGAGACUCCGUCCCACUGUCCCAGGAGAAGCACCAAUCUCAGCUGGGAACACAACCCGCUGGAUGGGCUGGUGGGGGUAGAUACUGCCUGUACUCAGAGGGCUUUGACUGUCAGUGAUGAGUGUCCUGGAAGCUGCAAAGAUGGCUUUUUCCAUCUCUGCAGGGCUGGAUGGGGUCUGUACUUCCAAUUAAUGUUGCAUCCAGAAGAAGCUGCUCGCUGUAGGUGGAGAGAAAUAAUAGGAUUUUUUCCAGCAUUAGCUCCUAAGUUGACUUCUAAGUGCUUUCUUUUCUCCAGUAAUAACUUACGCUAACAACCACUUUUAAUUGUGUGAUGGUUGCUAAAAUUUACUGGCCAGAUGUAUUAAUAAGUUUUUACCUUCUUAGUAACCAAAUUUAAUAUAUUUACUUACAAUUAAUUCUGUGCAAUGAAUGUUUAUUACAAAGGAGAGAGACUAUUUUACUUCAAAGCAACAUUAAUUUAUGUGCAAAACUAUAGCUCAUUAUUUGGGGUGUUUGGGAUCUAGGACCCUUUUUAUAAGCAGUGUAGUACAGUAUAAUGUGAUACUUAAGUUAAACUUUGCUCUCUCAAUCUACAUAACAAUCUGUUUUGCCUUCUUGAUGUAGACUUUCUUGCCUACACUGUUAGAAUUACUUUGUUGGGUGAGUGGGGUUCUGGUCAGAGCACCGAAAUUUGCCAGACUAACUGAAGGUUUCAAGAGCAUUUCCUAAAUCUGGCUGCUGUCCCUGUUACUCCCUUCACUUGGUGACAGUUUUCUGGUAAAGCCAACAAAGCCAACAAAGCUGAAGCCCCGUGUUGGCACGGGGGCAGUGAGGGGAGGGAGGUCCUCAGCUUAGACCCAGCGUGGCAGGAGGAGAGCUGUGCUGCCAAGGCAUCCAGGCUGAUGGGAGCUGCUCUUUAAAUGCUGCUUUUGCAUCGACUGUCAAGAAGUUUUACAAAGCUCUGGGGAGAAAACAACAGCAGUGACGACAUAUUUUUAGCUGUGUGAUUUCCUUCCAAUCUGUAUCUGCCCGGCUCUGUGAGGAAUGACGUUAGAUGUAUCACUUAAUUUGCUUUUUGCUUUAUAAAAGGAAAAACAGUUGUUUGAAACACUUCCCCCAAUUUUCUGUGCUCUCUAUCUGCUUUCAGACGCUCCCUCCCUUCCUGCUCUGGAUGGCCCUUAUCCUAUUUCCACCUGAGGUCAAUAGCACUUCCCUAAAUAUGUUUCCCAAAGAAGCAACUAAAUUCUAUAUACACCCUGAAAAAAUGCCAUGCAAGCACCACUACUUUUUUUCAUCCUUGUACUUAAAGCUGCAGCUGGUAUAGAAAUCCCAGAUUUUCUUCUUCCAGCCUAAUUACUCCUCUCUUUCCUCUCCCCUCUUUUGUGCUGCUCCCUGAAGUAUUUUACCUGAUGGAAGUGGUUGCUUCAAACUAAAGCUUUUUACUAAAGCUGUGUGGCCUCAGUUUAAGAACCGUGCAAAGCCAAACUCCUCCUCCCAUUUUUAUUUUUCUGACCAUGGGCCAGAGGCCCUAAAACAGGAAAGCAAGAUAGAGAGAAAAUUGUUUUAUACAAACAAACUCUAUUUAUUCAACUUGCAGGUCUAUGAAUGUCCACUUACUUUGUCUGUGUGCAAGUGUUGUCUCUCUAAUAAACUGAAUAGUUGUUUUGUAUUUUUUUCUGGAUUAAAAGCUUUGUAGAAACUAAAAAGAAAAAAAAAGACAUUCAGUCAUAUUUUUCUAGUCUAGCUUGUAGGAUAUUUAAUGUAGUGCAGAAAGGAAGUUUUAUGGAGUAAGACAUUGUUGAACUUUGCUCUAUUUCAGUUCUUUCUAAUUUUGUAAAAUGCCACCUGUACAUAAUACUUGACUAAUGUAUGUCCUGUAGAUGUAUUACACCAUUUAGCCUAUUAAAUGCCUAUACUGAACUGAUUGGAAGAA